GGGCCGGUCAUGCGGCUGCGGGGCCCGCGGCCCGGAGCGUGCGCCCAGCCCUGAGCGAGGCCCCGCAGGGCGCCCCCCGCCGCUGAGGAUGAGUCACUGCAGCAGCCGCGCCCUGACCCUGCUGAGCAGCGUGUUUGGUGCGUGUGGCCUCCUGCUCGUGGGCAUCGCGGUCAGCACUGACUACUGGCUGUACAUGGAGGAGGGCACGGUGCUGCCGCAGAACCAGACCACGGAGGUCAAGAUGGCGCUGCACGCCGGCCUCUGGCGCGUGUGUUUCUUCGCAGGUCGGGAGAAGGGUCGCUGCGUGGCCUCGGAAUACUUUCUUGAACCGGAGAUCAACUUGGUGACGGAGAACACGGAGAAUAUUCUGAAGACAGUGCGCACAGCCACCCCCUUCCCCAUGGUCAGUCUCUUCCUCGUGUUCACCGCCUUCGUCAUCAGCAACAUCGGCCACAUCCGCCCACAGAGGACCAUUCUGGCUUUUGUUUCUGGCAUCUUCUUCAUCCUAUCGGGCCUCUCCUUGGUGGUGGGCUUGGUUCUCUACAUUUCCAGCAUCAAUGACGAGGUCAUGAACAGGCCCAGCAGCUCUGAGCAGUAUUUCCACUAUCGAUACGGGUGGUCUUUUGCCUUCGCUGCUUCCUCCUUCCUGCUCAAAGAGGGGGCUGGCGUGAUGUCCGUGUACUUGUUCACCAAGCGCUACGCGGAGGAGGAGAUGUACCGCCCGCACCCCGCCUUCUACCGCCCGCGUCUCAGCGACUGCUCCGACUACUCGGGCCAGUUCCUGCAGCCAGAGACGUGGCGUCGCGGGCGCAGCCCCUCCGACAUCUCCAGCGACGUGUCCAUCCAGAUGACGCAGAACUACCCUCCGGCCAUCAAGUACCCGGACCACCUGCACAUCUCCACCUCGCCCUGCUGAGGCCGUGCCCCUCGGAGCUCCCUUCCUCCUCCUCCUCCUCCCUAGGGGUCUCCCUGCGGCUCAGCUCC